CUGUUGUAUCGGGUCAUCUUGGUUUUUCUCUUUGCACAACAUAACGCUGUACUCCAUGUAUAGAUUUUCUGUCCAGAAAUUCCUCACUAUGUCUAGAUGUGAUGGGCUUUUCAGAUGUGCAGAACACGGCUGAUUGCAGUGGUACAUCUUCAUCCGUUUGUCUUACUACUGCAGAACACUUGACUGGUGGUGUUUGCUUCAUGUUGGCUUAGCAUAAAGACACUGCAGUUAGUUGAUGUUUGUUAAAUUGAUUUUGGUUCAGGUGUGGUUCAGGUGAAUAGUGUGGACUUUGAGGUUAAGUCGUGCAGUUUCAGAGGGAGGCAUGUACAUUUUUAUUAUUUAUUUGAAACAUAAAAGAAGAAAAAAAAAAGGCUGCAAAACAGACAUUCAUCAGUGCCAUGCUAUGCUGUGCUCCUCAGGUUAGAAUGUGGUGGCUGCUUUUCUUCCUUCCUGCUCAUUCGGCUCAACGAUCAGAACCCAUGUUCUCAACUAUAACCAAGACUAUACUUCCCCCAGACUACGAAAAUAACCCCACCCAGCUCAACUACGGCAUGGCCGUCACGGAUGUGGACGGAGACGGGGACCUGGAGAUAUUUGUGGCUGGCUAUAAUGGCCCCAAUCUGGUGCUGAAGUAUGACAAGCACAGAAAAAAGCUUGUAAACAUCGCGGUAGAUGACCGCAGUUCGCCGUUUUAUGCCCUGAGAGACCGUCAAGGCAACGCCAUAGGAGUAACAGCCUGUGACAUAGACGGGGACGGACGGGAGGAGAUUUACGUCCUAAACACCAAUAAUGCCUUCUCUGGUCGAGCAACAUAUUCUGACAAGCUGUUCAAGUUUCGGAACGGUCGCUUCGAGGAUCUUUUAAACGAUGACAUCAAUGAGCACAGAGACGUAGCCAACCCGAUGGCGGGGCGAUCAGUGGCCUGUGUGGACAGAAAGGGCACAGGCCGAUAUGCCAUCUACAUCGCUAAUUAUGCCAGUGGAGACGUUGGCCCUCAUGCCCUCAUAGAAAUGGACGAGGCAGCCAGCGACCUGUCCCAGGGCGUUGUUGCACUCUCCAACGUGGCGGAGCAGGCUGGAGUCAACAAGCUAAUAGGAGGAAGAGGAGUCGUGGUGGGACCCAUUGUUAGUCAGACCUUGUCGGACAUUUUCUGCGACAAUGAGUAUGGAUCUAACUUCCUGUUCAGGAACAACGGAGAUGGAACUUUUACAGAUGUGGCACAACAGGCUGGUGUGGAAGACCCAAUGCAGCAUGGGAGAGGUGUGGCCUUGGCAGACUUUAACCGAGAUGGCAGGACAGACAUCGUCUAUGGGAACUGGAAUGGGCCUCACCGACUCUACAUACAGCUGAAUAAUCGCAAGCAGAAAUUCAAGGACAUAGCCUCCCAGAAGUUUUCCAUGCCAUCACCGGUUCGGACUGUUAUCACUGCCGACUUUGACAACGACAACGAGCUGGAGGUUUUCUUCAACAACAUCGCUUACAGAGGCCCCUCUGCCAACAGGCUCUUCCGCGUAAGCAGGAGAGAACAUGGUGAUCCUCAGAUUGAAGAGCUAAAUAUUGGGGAGGCAGCGGAGCCUGAGGGACGAGGAACUGGUGCCGUUGCCACAGAUGUUGAUGGAGAUGGUCGUCUGGAGCUGAUUGUGUCCCAUGGUGAAAGUGCAGCGCAGCCGCUUUCUGUCUACAAAGUCAACCAGGGUCUCACCAGCUCCUGGCUGCGAGUGAUUCCUCGCACCAAGUUUGGUGCUUUUGCAAGAGGAGCGAAGGUGGUAGUGUACACAAAGAAGAGCGGCCCACACACACGGAUUAUUGAUGGAGGCUCAGGGUACCUUUGUGAGAUGGAGCCUGUGGCCCACUUUGGCCUUGGUAAGGAUACGGCCACCACUGUGGAGGUGUACUGGCCUGAUGGACGCUCAGUAGCCCGGCCGCUUGAGCCCUCAGAAAUCAACUCAGUGCUGGAGAUCCACUAUCCAAAAGAUGAGGAGGAAGUCACUCCGACGGUGGAAAUGAAGUGCGGUCACGGGUUUUCCCUGAACGAGAACGGCCGUUGCACAGAUAAAGAUGAAUGUACCCAGUUCCCCUCUGUGUGCCCCCCUGAACGCCCCGUCUGCACCAACACCUACGGCAGCUAUAAGUGCCGUGCCAGGAGGAGAUGCAACCAGGGUUUUGAGCCCAAUGAUGACGGGUCCGCCUGUGUGGCCCAGGUGGCUUACUUUGGGGGAACGCGGUCUUCCGGAGAACGCAGCCCUUUUCACAUGCUGAUCCUCUACACUCUGCCACUCAUCUCUGCCCAUCUGCAAACAGGAGGGCUGUAGCUGCCACCGUUUUCUCCUCUUCACUCCUGAACGUGGAUGUACAGAAACUCUCAAAUUCAAACUUUUCACAGAAAAACUCCUCUUCCUUCUCCUGUAAGGAUCUCUGCUGUCUUUUUUCCAUUAGGUAUUUACAGCGUUGUCCCCUUGUUGCUGCUGCUGUUUUGUCACCUUGUAGCUCCCACUCCUCUCUGGACUUUAAAGAACCUUAUGGAGAGCAUGACCGGGAGCAACAUGUAUCAGAACUAACUGUGUCACUUUGGAGCCCUUCAUCACCUGACACUUAUCCUAGUGGAACCUGAAGUUAGGCAGAGUCAGCGCAGGAGUGGAUCCAAAGGGUUCUGGAGACACCGACGUCUCAUUUGCUGCCACUGUUAAAACAUCCAUCUUUUUUUAAUUAGCUGUUUGUCCUCGAUCUUGUGUGUGAGCAUGGAUUGGAACAUCCAUGCGUUUUUUUUCACCUGUAAAAUCAUCCCAGUGGAGAAGGAAAGCCAUAACAAAAGAGCAGGUUAGCUGCCUCCAAGUUUUCCCAGGUAGUUGUACUUUUCCUCUUUUCUCUUAACUCAAUAAGGAGCAGCUGUCAAAUACACAGGAGAAAAAAUGAAAAAUGAGUUUGAAAAACAAAAAAGUCCAUAAUAGGCAUUAAUUUAAAGCUAUUUCAAUUUGAUUUCUAAUUCAAUUUAAUUGAAUUUUUAUGUGAGGUUUUGAAUGGUUUGAUUUUGCACCUGAAACGGGUAAAUUAAAUGAGAUCUCUACGUAAUAUCUAAAAAAUACAAUUGAAGUUAAUUGUUGACUGACAACUUUGAGUGCUGUAGUACUGUAGUUGCAUUGCACCCAUGUUGCUGCAACAGAACAGAGGUAUCCAUCUCAGACACUUUAUUCAGCAAUGAAAUUGGUAAAUAAAUUCCAAUUUGUAGGAUUUAUGCAAAUGUGGCUUUAAAACAGAGCACUUAACCUCUAAAAGGGUAAUCAAACCCUUAAUCAACUUUCUUUGGUGUUGACCUCUAUAAAUGGGGCUUGAAAAGCCUGGAUGUUCACAUUUCGGUUGGGGGUGGAGUCAGCCUCUAACUUCCCUGUUUGGUUACCCUUUAAUCUACGUUCACACCAGUCAUAAGAGGUGCAUUCAAGUGACCACUUCCAAUAAGAAGUUUGGGCUUCCGAGGUCAAAACUGUUCACGUGUCACACGUUUUUAAGUCCAUUUUCAUUCACUAUUGAACGUGCUGAAAGUGAAACAAAUUGAACGUUGACCAAUCAGGGACUUGGAUUUUGUAGCGACUGAUGGGUAGUGUCCUUUUUAAUUUAAUGGAAGUUUGAGAAGUGAGCAUGAAAGACAAACUACUAGUCACGGUUUGCACUUGGAUGGAAAUAUAUGACACCAAGUAUUUUAUGUAUCGUAGUAGAGAUGUGAAAGAAAAAGCCUGGAACAAGAUUCGUGAGAUUUGCACCACUUCUACAUUUCACAGCAAACCUAAUCCAACAGGAUCAGGUAGCAACAGUCCAGUGUGUCCAAGAAUCUCCCCCUCAGCAUGUUCUUGGACCCUCCUCACACUCUUGGUGUGUUAGAGUUGGACCUUCUAACACUUCAAUUAACAUUUUGAGGUCAAACUUGCUUUUUUUUUGUGCCAUUGCUUCCAUGAAAAUUAAGAGGUGUCAGACCAUGAAAGCGGAAUGAUGGACGUAUUCAAACUAUUAAAAUCACUGGCCGUG